GGUGAUUGAAACCCACCCUAAGCUCCUUUUUCUUCCGCUCUAAAGGUAGCCCCGAUUAUUGCUGACUUAAGCAUCGGAGUGUCUACCCCGAGGACCCACCUAGGGGUUUGUAGGAGAUCGCCCUCCAAGAAAUGAAAUGGACGAACAGGAGGACACUCACGAAUCCGAGCCCGGCUUGAAUGACUUUAGGCCAAUGCCAAGAAAUCUUUUUGUAGGAGGAGCCGAACAGGAUCACCUAAGUGAGACAGAUGAUGAAAGAACACCAACUGGGUAUGCAACCCAGCCUAAACAGUUCCAAGUUCUAACAGGAACAAGACAGAGAUCUGCCAGACCGUACAAUUCACAGCGUGAACGACCUGAAAGGUCAACAGAACCUGCUCGGACAACCGAGCUCGAAGAGAGAACUAGAGUUCUCGAAAUGGCAAUGGGUAAAAUCCUUGCCCGUUUAAUUCCUGAUGACCCCUUGAUUCCUUUGCUGAACAGAGGUGCACAACCGACUGCGAUUGUUGCAACUCGAAACUCCCCCGCUCUCAACAACAUAGUAGUGCCGACUAGGCCAAGGGGAAGCGGGAAGUUGAAUAUCGAGCCCAGCUCGUCCAAACAUAGUGAAGAACUGAUGAGAAAAAACGCAGACCUUGAAAGACAGCUACGGGACGUACAAAAGUCUAUUGACGAGCUGAAAAGUCCCAGGUCGCAUCAACAGACUCUGGAUUUGGAUAGUGCACCACUAAACUUGUCCAUUACGACGGAGCCGUAUCAAGAGGGAUUCAAAAUUCCCCACCUGGAGACAUAUGAUGGCUCGGGUGACCCUGAUGAACAUCUGCACACCUAUCAAGCCAUCAUGAGAAUCCAAAAUGCCAAUGAUGCCAUGAUGUGCAAAGUGUUCCCAGCAACACUCAAGCCAACAGCCAGGAGAUGGUAUCAGAAACUCCCUAGACAUUCAAUAGAUUCAUUUUCCCAGCUCGCCAAGCUAUUUUCUAACAAAUUUGCGAGCCAAAGGGAGAUCAAGCGCACAGCAACCGAGCUGAUGCAAGUUAACCAGAAGGAAGGGGAAUCUUUGAGGGAUUACAUGCAGCGGUUCAACAAAGCCACCUUGGACAUUGAUAACGUCCCAGACACGAUCUACCUGUCCGCCCUGUUACAUGGGUUGAAGCGUGGCCGGUUUCUAGACGACCUGCUUGAAAACCCACCAAAGACGUGGAACGAGGUGAAUGACAGGUCGGCCAGCUUUAUACUGUCAGAGGACUUUCAGUCGUCCAAGCGACAAGCUGAUGACAAGACGAGCAAAGGCCAGGAACAACAACCGAGAAGAGAAGAGAAGAAGAAACAGAAGGUCAGUGAGCAAUGGGGGAAACCAGCUGAGUUCCCAAAAUAUGCCAAUUACAUUCCUUUGACCUUACCUAGGUCUCAAAUCCUGGCACAAAUCCAGCACUGGGUUAGGAGACCUCUACCCCCAUUACAUGAUUCCCCGAGGGCAGAUAAGAGCAAGCAUUGUGACUACCAUCGUGUAUAUGGUCACAAUACAGAGGAUUGCCAACACUUGAAGGACGAGUUGGAGUUUUUGGCUCGUAAUGGGAAGUUAGAAGGGUAUGUUCAGAAGCCUCACACCCAGCAACCCGCUCAAACCCAUUUUGUACAGGCGUACGACCGACCUCAAGGGCAGAGGACGUCCGUUCAACAGGAGAGGACAGGGACCGAGAACUACCGUCCCAAAUCAAAAAGACAGGAAGAGGUAGGUUAUGCUGGAAUACCCCCACCCUCUGGUACCAUAAACAUGAUAUCAGGCGGUGUUUACUCUGGGGGCCAAAGCGCCCGAGGCCGCAAGGCGUAUGCACGCCAGGUGAUGACAGUUAACAAAAACAGGCCUUUGAAACGCCCGUUUGAAGAGCCAGAAUGGGAACAUGCCCCCAUCACAUUCAGCCCGGCAGACUACAAACGAGCAGAAGAAGAACCUGACAUUAUGAUGCCCUAUGCAGAUCCCUUUGUGGCAACGGUUCAUAUAGGCAAUCAUAAUGUCAAUAAAGUGUUCAUUGACACUGGUAGUUCACCAGAUAUCCUGUACUGGAGUUGCUUCCAGAAGAUGCAGCUAAAUCCGAGCUCGUUGCGGAAGCAUGAAGGCCCAAUAUACGGGUUCGAUAACCAACCCGCCCCGGUUGAGGGAGUUAUUACUCUUCCUAUAUAUGUGGGCUCAGAACCCCGCUUCAGAAUGGCUUCCGUCACCUUCCUGGUCGUUAAGAUGGAAUCAGCUUUCAAUGCUAUAUUAGGAAGAGCCACCCUGUGCGAGCUGAAGGCUGUUAUCUCACAGCCCCAUCUCUGUAUGAAAUUCCCAACUCCUCAGAGGGUAGGAGUGUUGAAAGGGAAUCAGGAGAUGGCCAAAGCCUGCUAUCAAGACACGUUCAAGAAGGUCGAGCUCGCUGCAGCCCCGGCAAGUGCUGAAGGCCGCAAGCCAACCCAGUCCGAACCAGUAGAGCCAGUGGAAACAGUGCCUUUAAACUUGGAUGUGCCGGAGAGAACAGUGAAGAUCGGCACUAAACUCACAGAGGAAGAGUGGGCGGAACUUCUGGAAUUUUUGAGGAAUAAUCAGGAUGUGUUCGCGUGGACUACUGAUGAAAUGCCUGGCGUCCCAGCAGAAUUAACACUCCACAAGCUCAGCACAGACCCCACCAGAAGGCCGGUGGUGCAAAAACGCCGCCUUUUUGGCCCCGAGAAGCAAGCUGUCAUAGAUGAAGAGAUACGAAAGCUGUUACAGGCAGGCUUCAUCAGGAGAGUGGAAUACUCUGAAUGGGUGUCCAACCCUGUGCUCGUCAAAAAGCCAAACGGCAAGUGGAGGAUGUGUAUUGAUUUCACCAACCUCAAUGACGCAUGUCCAAAAGACCCUCAUCCGUUGCCAAAUGUCGAGAAGUUGGUAGAACGGGCAGCUGGGCAUGAACGGAUGAGUUUUCUAGACGCCAGCUCGGGUUACCACCAGGUCCAACUGUUGUUAGACGACCAGGAAAAAACGGCUUUUUACGCUGGUGACGCAAUAUACUGCUAUGUUAUGAUGCCGUUUGGCCUCAAAAAUGCUGGAGCAACAUACCAGAAGCUAGUGCAAAUCAUCUUUGAGCUCCAGAUCGGCAGGAACAUAGAAGUGUAUGUAGAUGAUAUGAUAGUCACCAGCGUGCGAGCUGAGGAUCACAUUGACGACCUGGAUGAAACAUUUCGAAACUUUGUGUCGAGCUCAAAUGAAACUGAAUCCCUUGAAAUGCACGUUUGCUGUGGAAUCAGGGAAAUUCCUAGGGUACGUGGUAUCCAAGAAAGGAAUCGAAGUAAAUCCAGAGAGGGUACAGGCAGUUCAGCAGAUGGAACCUCCCAAGACAGUAAAAGAUGUAUAGCGUCUGACAGGUCGGGUGGUUGCGUUGCACAGUGGACUGAUGAGUGUCAACUGGUGUUUGACGAGCUCAAACAGUAUUUGGCAUCCGCACCCCUGUUGUCCAAGCCUGUCGACGAGGAAUGUUUAUAUCUUUAUCUGGGGGUCACAGAAGAAGCGGUGAGUUCAGUGCUGCUAAGGGAAGAGAAUAAGAGUCAGAAGCCUGUCUGCUACGUGAGCAAGGUGUUACAAGGUGCCGAGCAGAACUACCCGCUAGCAGAAAAGGCUGCUUUUGCUUUGGUCUGCACGGCUCGUAAGCUGAGAGCUUAUUUUCAGUCUCAUCAGAUUGUCGUCUAUACCGAUUUACCAUUGAGAAAAAUACUGCAGAAACCUGAACUCUCUGGUCGGCUUAUUGGAUGGAGCGUCGAGCUGAGUGAAUAUGACCUGAAAUUUCGACCGCGCACAACCAUAAAGGGCCAGGCCGUAGCGGACUUUUUGGUGGAGUGCACCUCAAUAACUAACAAAGAGAAAGCACCUGAACACCCAGUCUGGGUUUUGUAUGUUGAUGGAGCAGCUAAUAUUGAAGGGUCGGGUGCUGGGGCUGUGUUACUUGGCCCAGAUGGCUUCAAGUCUGAGCACGCGCUGAGGUUUAAGUUUCAGACGACCAAUAACGCUGCAGAAUAUGAAGCCCUCAUUUACAGACUAAAGCUGGCGUCCGAGCUGAAAGUACAAAACAUUCAGCUCAGUCGUUAUGCCUCUGUGGUCAACAGAUUGAAAUCGAUAUUUGCCCUUUUCCAAAUUGAUAAAAUACCAAGAGCAGACAACCACAGAGCUGACGAGCUGUCAAAGUUGGCCUCCUCGCAGGACAUUAACCCUCAGAGAUCAACAAUUGUCGAGGUACUCGACGCACCGAGCUACACUGAUUUCACAGUCGAGUGUCAACUGCUAAGUACAGGCCCCUCUACACCGAGUUGGACCACCCUGCUCAUAAAUUAUUUACAAAGUGGCGAGCUACCUGAAGACCAAUCUGCUGCAAAAGUGAUUAGAUGCAGGGCGGCACAUUUCACUUUGGUAGAUAACCAGCUCUACAAACGGGCAGCCUCCAUGCCCCUAUUACGCUGCCUUACUCCUUACGAAGCUGAAUACGCAGUGAGGGAAGUUCACGAAGGAGUAUGUGGCACGCACAUAGGUGGCAAGACUUUAGCUCGGAAACUCCUGAGGCAUGGUUAUUACUGGCCUACUAUGGUCGAGGACGCGCUGAACUAUGUCAAAAAAUGUCCGACCUGCCAGUUCAAUGCUGAUGAUAUACACAUGCCAGGAGAAAUGCUAUCAUCUCUCACGUCUCCCCGGCCCUUUGCUCAAUGGGGUGUCGACCUGCUCGGCCCCUUCACCAAAGGCAAAGGAGGUUGCACUUUCCUAGUCAUUGCAGUGGAUUACUUCACUAAGUGGGUAGAAGCUAAACCAUUGUCCAUGACAACAGAAAGGAAAAUAGAAGAAUUCUUGUUGAAUUCAAUAUUGUGCAGGUUCGGCAUACCUAAGCGGAUCAUCGCCGACAAUGGGCCACAGUUCCGAGCAGCAGCACUGAGAUCAUUUUGUAACGACUAUGGCAUUGAGCUUGCCUUGACAUCGGUAUAUACUCCACAAUCUAACGGACAAGCCGAGUCCGCCAAUAAAAUCGUCUUGCGAGGCCUCAAGACACGUGUUUUAGCUGCACAUUCUAAUUGGGUCGACGAGCUCAAUAAAGUGCUCUGGUCUUGUCGUACUACACCCAGCUCGGCCACGGGUGAAACCCCAUUUAGCCUGGCCUAUGGAGCUGAGGCCGUCAUCCCAGUGGAGGUGGGAUUGCCAUCUGAUCGAGUAGGCUGGCAUGACGAUCUCAGCAAUGAGCAGCUAUUGAGAGAAAACCUAAACUUCGUGGAAGAGAUCAAGGAGAUGUCUAGAAUAAGAAACAUGGCGCAUCAAAGUCGUGUAGCAAAAUUUUACAAUAAAAGAGUUCGAGCUCGCCAGUUUCAAGUCGGCGAUCUGGUUCUACGUAAAGUUGGAUUGACGAAUGCUUACCCUCACAUGGGCAAGCUCGCGCCUAAUUGGGAAGGACCUUAUAUGGUCAUUUCUAUUCAACGACCUGGGUUUUACCGGUUAGCAGAUUUACAAGUUAAUGUAUAUGUGUUAACGUUUGUUGACGUGCCAAAAUGGAUGGAGUCGCCAUCUAUCCAAAUGAGGUGGGAUAGAUCACCAAAGUCUACGCAGAAAUUGACUAGGUCCGGAGGGUCGGUUAAGCAUGGGGAAGGUGUUAGGCACCCCACAACUUCCAAAUAAUAUGGUUACCACAUACUUUAAUUUUGGGAACUUUUCAAUUUUAUAUAACAAAAUAAUAAUAAUUAC